UACCAAGGAAAAAGCAACCUACAAGGAGCUAAAACUGCAGUCACACAAACAAAGAGAUCAGACGCCCGACAGCAGUGCACUAACACAGGAUGAAGAUACCAGGACAAGUCACAAGUUUCUGCCUUGCUCUGCUACUUGCCAUGACCUCUGUGUCAGCUGUACAAAGGCUCAAUUCAAUCAGUGAUUUAAAGAAAAUCGACUUUGGCCGAUCUGUGCCACGGCACAGUCUUCUGCUGCUCUACUGGUUUGCGAGUGUUGUUGAAAUAGACAGAAACUAUGUUAUACGACUGAACUUUGAUCCAAACAGUGAAGAUUAUGGCUCCCAUCAUUAUGGCAACUUUGAGAACCUGCUGGAACGACUGCCUCCUGGUCACCAAUACUACACUGUGGGCAAUCUCAACCAAGGCACAACUGGCAGAUCACAGCUUCCACAUUAUGUUGCCAAUCCUGGCGCAGAGAAUAAUGGAGGAAACAGGGACCGGAUCAUAAUAAGCGUCAAUCAGCAGAACUCUGGAUGGCACACUUGGCAGAUAAUUCAUCGAGUGUACAUCACGCAGCAUUAUGGGGGUUCUCCGAGUGGGGAAUAUGAUCGACAAAACACCUAUGAGAUCUCAAGCAACCUCUUACGACAGAUCAGACAGUUUUCCGAGGGUACAAACCUGAGGGAACUCACUAAUCGCUUUGGAAGUAACAUUAAUGAUUCUCAGUUAUGGGACAUCAGAAACACAUGGGGUCAAACGCUUGCUGGUCUUGGACUGCUUUUGUAUAUUGUGAUCGGGGGAGGAAGUGUAUACUUUACCAACCAACAAAACAGCACACUUCAGAGUGCAAGAUACACACAACCCUAUGUCUAUGACAGCAUCCCAGAAAAUAAUUCAUUUUCUGAAUGCUGCACUAUGGUUUUGGGUCUGAUUUUUGUUUUUGUAGUUUUUCUGUUUUUUAUGGCUGCCAUCAGUGCUCCCAAGUAACAGAAGAUACAAUGAAACAAGGGAAAACCUGUUGUAUAAACCAAUUAUGUGUAGGAAUGACAUUGAGGACCGGAAAGCCAGGGGGACUAUUAAUAUGAAUGGGAAAUUAGCUGAUUAGAAACCUGAGCAGCAAAAGGCUGUUCCCUUAACUAUUACUGUAUAUGCUUUGUUUAGCCUGGAUGUUCAAUUAAUUGUGAUUUCUCUUUGCUAUACUGUAAAACACCUUUUGAGAUUCAUAGCUUUAGUUCAUUAAACUAUUUUCUAAAAUGGCUCAUUGAGUGCAAUGCACUACUUUAGCAUGGUCACAAUGUUUGAGCCUUUGUUCAGGCAACAUGCUCCAACUACUCUAAUAGUAGUGAUUCACAGCUGCCUAAUCUUGCUUCUGAGAGAGAUGAAGAGGAAGAACCUUGCUCUGAUGGACAGAUGAAACUGACGAGGGAAAUGAUGUGGUACACUGAUCAUAUUAUAAAAAAUAAAUAAUAAAAGAAUAAAGAUCAUAUUAUGAGCAAAAAAAAGGUGGGGGGGUAUUUUAUAAAACUGUUUUGUAUUCUUUCGGCACUGAAGUGAAAUGCAUAUUGGUGUUCAUUUGCUUUUUUGUGUUUGUUUGGUCAGAAAAUAAAAGUGUAAAAGCUGA